GGCGGGCGUGUGUAGGAUGGAUCGCUAACGACACCAAGCAGUUUUUUUCAUUCCGCCUUCUAGCAGUGUUUGUUUAUUACCUUCCGCACACUUUCCUAAAUCCUUCUCGACUGUGGUGCUUUUAAUUUUUUUUAUGUUUAGGCGUUUUAAUUUCUAUCUUGUCUUUAAACGCCGUUCCGAUUUCACGUCGAGAAGGCAGCCGCACAAGUUUGAAAGCGGCUUUUCAAGAGUAGAGCAUCUACUCGGAACAUCUCAGUAUCAACGCAUCAAGCAAUCAUCAGAAUGGUGAAGAAGAUCUCCGAAGAGAGUGUAGAUAGCGGCGUCGGCCGCUGCAGCAGUCAGUCUGGCAGCGAGCGCGAGUCGGACGAGAGCCCACGCGGGCCGGAGCCCUCGGCGCCGGUCGCCAUCCCCGACAGCGAGGACUUGCAGAGGCGUAAAGAGGAGGCGCGCAGGAAGCGCCGAAGGAAGAAGCGCUCUGGGAGCUCCGUCGUUACAUCAUGUUUCCAAGACCUGUACAAAUUAACGGGUGAAGUUUUGGGCGAGGGUGCGUACGCGUCGGUACAAACAUGCGUCAACAUCUACACGGAGCAGGAGUUCGCGGUGAAGAUCAUCGAUAAGGUGCCAGGCCACGCCCGCGCCCGGGUGUUCCGCGAAGUGGAGACUUUCCACUACUGCCAGGGACACCCCAAUAUAAUCCAGCUCAUUGAAUUCUUUGAGGACACGGACAAGUUUUAUCUUGUCUUCGAGAAGAUCAACGGCGGACAGCUCCUCUCUCGCAUUCAGGAGCACCAUUACUUCUCGGAGCCCCAAGCGGCUGAAAUCGUGCGUGAACUCGCCAACGCCCUGCAUUUCCUUCACGGCAAGGGCGUUGCGCACCGAGACCUGAAACCUGAGAACAUUCUGUGCGUGCAUCGCGACAGACUUUGCCCUGUGAAGAUCUGCGAUUUUGAUCUUGGAAGCGGCAUCAGCUUCACAUCGAGCCUUGCCAGCCCGUUAGCUACGCCGCAAUUAAUGACUCCGGUGGGCAGCGCGGAGUUCAUGGCGCCGGAGGUGGUGUCGCUGUUCGCGGGCUCGGCGGCGGCGCACUACGACAAGCGCUGCGACCUGUGGUCGCUGGGCGUGAUCGCCUACAUCCUGCUGUGCGGCUACCCGCCGUUCCGCGCGGACUGCGGCGCCGACUGCGGCUGGGAGCGCGGCGAGAACUGCCGCGCCUGCCAGGACCUGCUGUUCUCGUCCAUCCAGGAGGGCCGCUACUCGUUCCCCGAGGAGGAGUGGGCCGCCAUCUCCGAGGACGCCAAGGACCUGAUCCGCCAGCUGCUGGUGCGCGAGGCGUCGCACCGGCUGAGCGCCGAGCGCGUGCUGCAGCACCGCUGGCUGCGCCGCGCCGACUGCGCGCCCUUCGCGCCCGCGCUGCACACGCCCGCCAACAUCAAGCGCAACAUGUCGGCGCGCAACCUGUCCAACUUCGCCGAGUCGGCCAUGGCCGUCAACCGCGUCAUCCAGCAGCACUUCUCCAUGAACUACUCGUACAUGGAGCGGCCGCCGGCGGCGCUGCGCUGCAGCAAGUCGUGCUACCCCAGCGCCGACGCCGCGCCCAUCCCCGAGCUGGAGGCCGACGAGCCGCCGCUGCCGCGCAGCUGCGCGCGCCAGAGCGACGCGCCGCUGGGGCUGUCGCCGCCCGCCGAGUCGCAGCUGCUGCGCCGGCGCCUGGCCGCGGCGCCCGCGCCGGCGCCGCUGCCCGUGCACUAGCGCCGCCCGCCCCCGCCGAGGACGCCUCCCGCCAGUGAUAACCCCCGAUCGCCCCGUGACCGGUCCCCGUAGAGCUGUAUCGGUUUUAUUUGAGCCUUUUAAAGAUAUAUUUUUAUGAAUAAAUAAAAACGACUGAAUAGUUUUUAUCGAUAUGUAGAGUAUUUGUGAGUUUAUGUUGGGCGCCGCCGCGCCGCCGGACCGCCCGCGGUCGAUAAAAUCGUAUUAUAUCGAGAUAGUUGUGCCGAUCUACGUACUUUAUAUUGUCUACGAAUAAAAAAAUAAUUAUUUUUGGAUUUAUGAAAUCCGCCGAUUGAAAUUGAGCUUAUUUGUGUGAUGCCUUUCUUUCGUGGCCUAUCAGUUUCGCAAUAAAUAUAAAUUUUGUUAUUUUCUGUAGCGUUUUCGGAUACUAGUCUGUUAUGUGAUUGUUUUUGCAUUUUUUACCAACGAUGGAAAAACCGCAUCUCAUUAAGUAAGAGUGAAUCGACCUAUAUUGAUGCGAGACGAGGCAGUAUGUGACAUUUUCGCUGAGAU